ACCACCAAAAAAUAAAUAUGGUCUGAAAAUCGUGUUAAUAUCAGGCCAUCGGAGUGAAAUCUAGAGACGAUAUUUCGCAUAACACUAAAAUAAGGAUGCUUUUUCACGACAGUUGUGUUAUUUUUGUGUUUUAUAACCAAAAUUCUCGCUGAACGUACAACUUUAAUCUGACAAAAGUUGGUGUAAAAUUAAAUAUGAAUACAUACUACAUCAAAAAAAGUUUAAAGGCUAAAAAACAAUGAAUUCCAUCUUCAGAUCCUCUGUUUAUCAAACUUCUGAUUUGAUUCAUUUAGGAAUAUGGAUAUACAUAAAUUAAUGGAUAUACAUAAAUUAUGAUUUAAACCAGAUAAAGCAAAGUCAUUGAUAAUGGCUUCAAACAUCAGUUUUUCUUUUAACCUAUCUUCAGAUUUGAUUCACGACUUUGAGUGCUCUCCAUGUAAAGAUGAAUAUUUAAACAGUGAAGCUCACUUUUUCUGUGACGAGUGCAAGAAAAUUUACUGCAAGAAAUGUAUAGAAUUUCACAGUAAACUGUUCAGGACACAUGAAGUGCUAGGAAAACAAGAUGUGAGUAAGUGGGUGGGGUAUGUAGGACUGAGCCCUCUGGAGGCAUGUGACAAACAUGGUGACAAGAAGCUUGAACUGCUCUGUGAGGACCAUGACGAGCUUUGUUGCCAUAUGUGUGUCUCUCUCACUCACAGGAUGUGCAAAACCAUGACACUUAUUUCCGAUGUGGCAAAUGGAUAUCAUAGGACAGAGGAAUUCGAGAAAGUUCAAAGUGAUGUGAGGCAGAUGAGGAAAGAACUCAAGAACAUGCAGGACAACAAAGAAAGGAAUGUAAAGUCUCUUGAGAAGGAUGGAAAUAGAAUGCUUACUGAAAUCAAAACAAUGAGAAAGAAUUUUAAUGAUAUGUUUGACAAUUUAGAGAAGCAAACAAUUCAAGAAAUGGACUCGGCCCUGAAGGAACAUGAUGAUGCACUCAAAGAAGACAAAUCUAUAUGCAACAAUCAUAAUGACAAACUUGAAACUUACUUAAAGAACAUGCUUUCUGACAAGGAUAGGAACACUACUUACAUUGCCUAUAAGAAAUGCAAGAAUGAAAUGAAGGAAGCAGAAAACUUGUUGAAAGAUUUGUCUAUUCACCAUGAUGUGAAACUGGCAUUCCAAGCUGAUCCGGAAAUUGAAGAGUUUUGCUCUAGAAGUAAGACACUUGGAAAAAUAUUCAAUCAGAAUGAUGUUCAUAUGGUGAGAAACCUAUGUAAAUACAAUGUUAGGAUAAACAAAAAAGAUCAACAUAAAUGUUGUAUAUCUGGUAUAUGUGAGCUACCUGGAGGAGAGAUCCUAAUCGCAGAUCACAGUAACCGCAAAGUAAAGCUACUAAACUCCCAGUACCAGUUGGCUGCAACAUGUCACCUAUCUAUUGGACCAGAACAUAUGUGUCACAUUGAUGCAAAAGAAGUUGCUGUAACGCUGGGUGACAAAGGUGUGCAAGUUAUCACAGUGGCAGGUAAUGGUACACUCAAUGUAUCAAGAAAAAUUCAGUUUCCACAUUUUUGUCUUGGUAUUUCCCACCACAAUGGUAACCUCUAUAUAGGAGCACUUACAGCAAUUUACCAGUACACAAUGUCAGGUCAGCUAGUGAAAAAAAUAUACGAAGACAAAAGUGCCAAAAUAACAGUGAAUAGAUUCACAGUCAGUAGCGAUGGCUCCAAAAUCUUGAUUCCGGCAACAGAUCACAGGCAGCUUAUCACCAUCGACACAAGUGGGAACAUUCUGUCAACUUUUCAGGCCUCUGACAAAGGCUCACCUAGGUCAGUGUGUGUGUGUGACAAGGGACAUAUGUUCCUCUGCUUUAAAGAUUCCCACAAGGUGACCCAGGUGGACAGUGAGGGCAAACAGCAAAUGGCCAUAAAAAACAAUGACAGUGACCAAAUUUAUUCAAUAUGGUUCCAAAAAGGAGCACAAAGGCUGAUUGUUGGAGGGCUGUCAAAUAAAGUGUUUGCUUUUGAGAUUUAAUAACAUUAUGUACUUUUACAGCAGGCCAUUGAUGAAUGUGACCAACUGAUUUCAAUUUGGUUCAAAUAAGAAGCACAAAGGCUGGGAUGAUCAGAGGACUGCCAAGUAAAGGGUUUAAUUUUGAGAUUUAAUAACACUUUGUACUUUAAUAGCAGGCCGCUCCAAAGAAGGACCAACUAUAAAGAAGAAAAAGGAAGUGGAUAAAAAGUGAAUGUUCUGUUUUAAAUCAAGAUGACAAUUGGAUUUAUAUUAAUAUCAGAUAAUAUCUGUAAUACAAGUCUGUGAACAAUGAAGUCAGGAAGGCUAAGGGAUCAUGUCAAUUAUGAGUGCUUAAGCAAAAAGCAAAACAAAUGUUUUGAAGAGGGAAACAAGUGGCUGUAGAUGCUCACCUCUGAAAAAGAGUGUGAUCACCAGAUUCUGAAAUUAGUGAAAUCAUUAACCUGCUUUGAAUGGUUUAUUGAAAUAUUAAAUUGAUUUAAUACACAUGUUACUGUAUAUAGUAACACAUUUGAGUAAGGUUUUCGCGAUUAUUUGCAUGACUCAGCGAUUAUCAGUUUUGCGGCCCGGGCCGAUUAUCGAUUAUCAUUUUGCGGCCCGUAUAACGUUUGCACGUGAAUUCAAUUUUUUUCUUAAAAUCAAAUUUGGCGACUGUGAAAUAAUUUCUUAACUAAAUUAUCACAAUUUAUUGAUCUGCUUGAACAGAUUAAUUAUUAAAAUCAUAAAGGGAGGCAAACGCGAGCACAGUUAGGGCGGCGUUUUGUUCAUUCAGCCUUGUUAUUCUAAAAACAAAAUAAAGGAAGCAGCAAAAUUGUAUAUACUUGAAAAACAACCACUGUACAUACAUAUUGACAUCAAUAAUAUGAGGGUAUAGGUUUAUUUAUGUACAAACAGUCGUUCUGCUUGCUGCGUGUUCAUGUUUAUUAAAUAGAAUUGUGACAUUUAAGACAUGAAACGACAGAUGUCGGUUAUUCGUACAGAAAAAGUUCAGAUAGACCUGUGGAGGAAUUUUCAAAGUGAACAAUUGAAAUUGAUGGGAACGUGAAAUGACAACAAAAUGUUGUUAUCCUUUUUGACUUACUCUCAAAAACUAAAUUUAAUUUGAGAGUGAGCUUAAUCAUCAUAGUCAAGCCAAAAGGAAAUAAGAAUGCAGGUAAACUUUAAAAGAAGACUUAAUACUUACCGAAUAAGAAAAAACCCAUAUGUAUUAAAGAGUUUAACACACAGCGUAGCUGGGCUGUUGAGUCAUUAUGAGUCACUCGGGCCAAUUAUCACUCAACAGCCGGGCUAUGCCAUGUAUUAACGGUAGUAUUAACCUCUAAGUAGUGGCCUUGAUACUUUGAAGAGUUUGUUUAAUGAAAUAUGCUUGUUUUUCAGUUUAUGAUGGCUUGGUUUCUUUUUGAUUAUACAUACUUGUAUUAUAUAUAUAUUUGUAGUAAAAAUGUAAUUAUAUGUUUGAUUUGCACUCAUAGCUUUUUUACAUGCAAAGAAAUGUGAAUUUUAUUCCAAUAAUGUAAACUUUAUGACAUAUUGUAGAUACAUAUGGAGUGCAUAAUUAUGAUAAUGUAUGUAUAAAAUAAAAAAUCAUAAAUUAACCUUAUCUAUUGUACAAAACAUUAGGUGUGUGUUUUCAUGGAUUGUUUGGUUUCACUUGAUCCUCCAUUUCAACUCUUGUUGAUACUGUGAAAUCAUUAAUGUUCGUGGGGCAUUAAUGUUCAUGGUUUUUGUGGGUUAGGUGAUCCACGAAUUCAAGACCCUUUAUUCACGUUUUCAACUGCCAUGUUAUGUACAUACUCUAGUUUAUUCGUUACCGCGCGAGGUCGCAGUAUACAGCGUCAAUACCCGUCUCACUGUAUAUCUUACUAUAACUGUUUUGUUAAUAUAUUAUAACUGCCUUUAACAAAUUAUAAACCAGAUCAUUUAAAUGUGUUUUUAUGAACCAAAUGACAGAAGCACGUGCCUAAACGUGUUUUGUUCAUAAAAAUCUCCAGGUUUACAAGAUGUGAGUGAUGAGUGUCGGUUUUCGAUUUUUUUCUUUAAUGAAAUGAUUAAUCGAAUACAUUGGAGGCUACUGAGCACCCAAUGUGACAAUGUACAAAACAACGUGUUCAAAAUACUUAUUAAACAAAAACGUGUGAAUAAAUAUUAAAUAUAAAUGAUUUGUCAAUGAUAUGAAAUAAGAUUAUAUUCAAAAGUGAUUGAAUUUGUAAACAUCAGCUAACU